CGGGCCGGGGCCAUGGAGCGCUGGACCGGCCGCGUCGCGCUGGUCACCGGCGCCUCGGUGGGCAUCGGCGCGGCCGUGGCGCGGGCGCUGGUGCAGCACGGCAUGAAGGUGGUGGGAUGCGCUCGCAGCGUCGAUAAGAUCGAGAAGCUGGCAGCUGAGUGCCAGAGUGCCGGCUACCCGGGCACGCUGAUCCCGUACAAGUGUGACCUGUCCAACGAGGAGGAGAUCCUGUCCAUGUUCUCGGCCAUCAAGACCCUUCACCAGGGUGUGGAUGUCUGCAUCAACAACGCGGGGCUGGCCCGGCCCGAGCCCCUGCUCUCGGGGAAGACAGAGGGCUGGAGGACCAUGAUAGAUGUGAAUGUGAUGGCUGUGAGCAUCUGCACCCGGGAGGCCUAUCAGUCCAUGAAGGAGAGAAACAUCGAUGAUGGGCACAUAAUUAACAUUAACAGCAUGAACGGGCACAGCGUGGUGCCCCAGUCCGUGGUGCACUUUUACAGCGCCACCAAGUACGCGGUGACGGCGCUGACCGAGGGGCUGCGGCAGGAGCUGCGCGAGGCCAGGACCCACAUCCGAGCCACAUGUAUAUCUCCAGGACUGGUGGAAACAGGAUUUGCUUUUAAACUUCAUGAUAACGACCCCGAGAGGGCUGCUGCAACCUAUGAGAGCAUUCGGUGUCUCAAGGCUGAAGAUAUGGCCAAUGCUGUCAUCUAUGUCCUCAGUGCCCCUCCUCAUGUACAGAUCGGGGAUAUACAGAUGAGGCCCACGGAGCAGAUCUCCUAGCAGGGAAGGAGGAUGAGGAGCACCAUGAGCAGCACCGUGUCCACUCCACCUGGAACCCUCUGGCAGCCCAGGGUUCCCUCGGCUGGCUGGCAGCGUUUUAAUCAAGUACCAAGGAUCAUGUUUGAAGAAUUAUUUUUCUCUCCCUCUCUCUGAGCUGGUGCUGGUGCUGAGCCAGUUUGAAAAAAAACAACAAAACCAGAACCACAAACUCUUAGUGGGCCUCUUUCUCCCCCACUCCUUUCUGAAACUGCUUAAGAGUAAAAAUGUAUUUGAAAAUAAUGCAGGGAAGUGUUUUGUGGAAGAUUGUUUGUCUCCAGGCUGGUUUAUUCUUCCUUUUGCUUUCUUUUCAAGGUUUGUUUGAUCUUAGUUGCUGAUGCUGUGUGUGGACCUAGGUGAAGUGGCACAGGAUGUUUGCCAGCUUCAGUGUGCUUAGGGUUUGAGAUUUUCAGUGGGUGACACAUGAAUCCAUCUAUUGAUUCUAUCUAUGAAUCCAUGCCUUGAGUUUAUUUUCAUGGGGUUGAUUACUGAUGGUGAUGAUGCAUGUGAUAUUUUCUUUUUCUUUUGUAUCCCACUGCUCUAACCCCAGUGUACAACCUCCCCCAGCCCUCCUUUCCCCUUCACAUGAAUCAUGCCUGCCAAGUUUGAGGAAGUAUAAAUGUGUGUGCUUGAUAUUUCUCUUUUUUUCUAGGUAGGUAAUUAGCUGGAGGAAAAGCACCUGUCCCUGGGCAGGUUAGGAUGAUAAUCUAAGUGGCAUAGUUACAGUAAGAGUGAGUUGUUUGGUAUUUUUAAUAAAAACUAAACGUGUGCUGUCUUGUGAUCACCUCUAUCCUUGGUAUCAUCUCCCAGCACUCUCGAUGUUCUGUAUGUGAUAUUUGCAUGCAUUGACACUUUUCUGGAAACGUGGAUUGCUCUGGUGCUGUUGAAAUGCUGGUGCUGAGGAGCUGGAAAUGGUGGAAGUUUAUUUUUGUGUAGAGACACAAACUCUGAGAGAGAGAGAGAGAGGGAGAUGGAGUGGAACGAGCCAUGCCGAAGGUGUGUGGAACGAGGAGAGAUUUCCAGGGGCAUUUGGGCUACAAAAAGCAGCAGGUGAAAGGUCUGGCUGAGGUCUCGUGUUGGGGCAGCCCUGGUGUUUGGCUCUGGGUUUACUCUGAGCUGAGGGAGAAGAGAAUGGGCCCCAAAGCAGAGCUGGAGACUCUCUGCAGGGAGGUCUGCGUGUGUCCAGCUCUCCGUGGAGCUCCUGGACACGUUGCCUUAAGAUUGCAGACCCUGUCCAGCUCCUGCUGGGCUCCAGGCAGCGUUUCAGAAGGUCAGGGAUGGUCAUUUGGUCAGAGCAGAGGACAGAGAGCUUGGGAAAUUUGGCUUGGAUUGUUUGGCUUACACCAGGAGAGCCCUGGGAGCUCAU